GCUGUACAUCUGGCCCAGGCAAGUUUCCAGAUUGAGGCCUUUGGCUCCAAAUUCAUCCUUGACCUCACAUUGAAUAAUGACUUGUUAUCUUCCAAUUAUGUGGAGAUUCACUAUGAAGAUGGAGAACCAAAGUUUUCCAAGGGUGGAGAGCAUUGUUACUACCAUGGAAAUAUCAGAGGUAUCAAGGAUUCCAAAGUAGCCCUUUCAACUUGUAAUGGACUUCAUGGCAUGUUUGAAGACAGUACUUAUUUGUACUUGAUAGAACCGAUGAAUCUGACCCACAGUGUAGAAAGUAAAAGUAGGCCACAUGUCAUCCAAAGAAUUUAUGGAACACAAGCCUCCGAGCAGUUGCAGAACCUUGAGACUGAAUCUAGUUCUGAAUGGCCCCUUCUGUCUGAACUUCAGUGGCUGAGGAGAAAGAGAAGAAAGAGAGCAGUAUCUCGUGGUGUCUUUGAAGAAAUGAAAUAUCUGGAGCUCAUGAUAGUCAAUGACCAUAAAAUGUACAAAAGACAUCGUUCUUCAAAUGCAUACACAAACAAUUUUGCAAAGUCUGUGGUAAACCUUGUAGAUGCUAUAUACAAGGAACAGCUGAACACCAGGGUGGUUCUUGUUGCUGUGGAAACUUGGACAGACAGAGAUCGUAUUAAUAUUCACCCUGACCCUCUGCAGAUGCUUCAUGAUUUCUCCAAAUAUCGACAGCACUUCAUCAAACAGCAUGCUGAUGCUGUACACUUGCUCUCGAACGUGACAUUUCAUUACAAAAGGAGCAGCUUAAGUUACUUUGGAGGGGUUUGCUCAGUGACUAGAGGCGUAGGAGUGAAUGAGUAUGGCCUCCCUUUGGCCAUGGCACAGGAGCUAGCAGAAAGUCUUGCUCAGAACCUUGGAAUACAAUGGGAGCCAGCUGCCAGGAAACCGAAGUGUGACUGCACUGAAUCCUGGGGUGGUUGCAUCAUGGAGGAAACAGGGGUAUACCAUUCCAGGAAAUUCUCCAAAUGCAGUGUUGCAGAAUACAAAGAAUUUUUACUUCGUGGGGGAGGUGCCUGUCUUUUCAACAGGCCAACAAAGCUCUUUGAAACCACUGAGUGUGGAAAUGGAUAUGUAGAAGCAGGAGAAGAAUGUGAUUGCGGUUUCCGAAUGGAAUGCUAUGCAGACUGUUGUAAGAAGUGUUCUCUUUCUAAUGGAGCUCAUUGUAGUGAUGGACCCUGCUGUAAUACAUCAUGCCUGUUUUUCCCACGAGGUUAUGACUGUCGAUAUGCAGUGAAUGAAUGUGAUAUUGCAGAGUUCUGCACUGGAGAUUCUGGCCAGUGUCCACCAAAUCUUCAUAAACAAGAUGGGUAUGCAUGUGAUUCUAAUCAGGGUCGUUGCUAUAAUGGUGAAUGCAAGACAAGAGAUAAUCAAUGCAAAUAUAUCUGGGGAUCUAAGUCUUCAGGAUCUGACAAAUUUUGUUAUGAAAAGCUUAAUACAGAAGGUACCAAAAAAGGAAACUGUGGAAAGGAUGGAGACCGAUGGAUUCAAUGUAGCAAACAUGAUGUUUUCUGUGGCUUUUUGCUCUGUACUAAUCUUACUAGAGUUCCGCGAGUAGGGCAAGUUCAAGGUGAAAUUAUCCCGAAUUCUUUUUAUCAUCAAGGACGAAUAGUGGACUGCAGUGGUGCUCAUGUUCUUUUAGAUGAUGAUACAGAUUUAGGUUAUGUGGAGGAUGGAGCUCCAUGUGGACCUCAAAUGAUGUGUCUGGACAAAAAGUGCCUGCCAAUUCAGUCCUUGAACAUAAGCAGCUGUCCCAUUGGUUCUAAUGGAAAAGUCUGUUCUGGUCAUGGGGUUUGUAGUAAUGAAGCUACUUGCAUUUGUAAUUUCUCCUGGGCUGGGACAGACUGCAGUAUUGAUGAUCCUGUCAGGGAUACUGGUAGCAAGAAGGAUGAAGGACCCAAGGGUCCUAGUGCCACCAAUCUUAUAAUAGGCUCCAUCGCUGGUGCCAUCCUGGUAGCAGCUAUUGUCCUUGGGGGGACAGGAUGGGGCUUUAAAAAUGUCAAAAAACGAAGGUUCGAUCCAAGUCAACAAGGCCCUAUCUGA